AUGGCAACUUUAACUUUUGAUGACGAAAAUCUUGCAGAAACGGAUGAAUAUUUUUAUGAGAAUGCAAAUAUGAUUGAUUAUGAACCACUUUAUAGGAAUUUUACAGCGAUUCAAAAUGAUUUAUUACAAUAUGAUGAACAAAUACAAUUAAAUACAAUUCAAUCAUUUGAUUCAACUAAUAUUAAAUACGAAACUGAACCUGUUCAUUUAAAUGGAAAUGCUGAUGUAAAUUUUCCAGAUCUAUCAAAAACAACCGAUCGAUCUAUACUCAAUCUAAUUCAAAUUAUUGAAGACAUUGGUUAUAAUCCUCAAUCACCAUUUCUAAAUUUCUCUUCUAAUAAAAAUACACUUUCAAAUAUGACAUACAAUCACGAUGAAGUUCAUGAAUCAUGUGCAAAUAAUCCACCUAUACAUAUAGAUAGACAAUAUUAUCAAAGUUGGUAUCAUGACAGGUAUCGACGUUCUGCAUCAAUGAUUCCCUAUUAUUCAGUAAAUCAAGCAUGUCGAAAUACAACACAAACACAGAGUGAUGAUAAUCGAUUAGAUAGUGUUAAUCAAUCUUCUGUCAAAACUGACGUAACAGUUAAACAAAUGAGUGAUAAUUGUUUUCAAAAUAAAAUUAAUCUAAUAUAUGGAUCUGAUGAUCUUGAUACAAUAAGUUCUGUAUCAAGUCAUUAUUCAUCAGUUGAUGGAAAGAAUUCUCCAACAGUAUCUGAACGAUCUGUUACACCAAUAACAUUAAAAAAAAUUGAGAAUUCUAAACCUAAACAAAUUACUAUUCGUGAAUAUUAUCCAAGAAAAGAUGUACAAUCACUUAUGGUAAAUGGAUCAAUAUCUCCAAGAUCCCAAAGAAAUAUUCACAAUAAUUCUUAUGAACAAAACCUCUAUAACAAUUCCUAUGAACAAAAUCGUCGCAAUAAUCGCUAUGAACAAAAUCUUCACAAUAUCCCUUAUGAACAAAAUCGUUACAAUAAUUCCUAUGAACAAAAUAAUUCUUAUGAACCAAUUAUACAUAAUUGUACAGAUAUGUAUCAAGAUCCAAAUACAGACAUUAUCACAAAACCAAAUCCAGAUAAAGUCGUUUAUAAACAAAAAAUUACUGUUCGUUAUCUUGUUCCACCAACACCUCCAGUACCUGGACCAUUGAUUAUUCGAGAGAUUCUUCCUCCACGUCCACCAUCACCAUCUCCACUCAUAAUUGAACAACAAGAACCAGCACCACCCACACCAUCUCCUCUUAUUCUUCGUGAAAUGCCACCGCCACCACCUCCCAUACAAGAACCUAAAAUCAUUACAAAGAUGGUACCUCAAGAAUCUCAAUCUUCACAACAUGCUAUUGCAGAAUCUAAUCAUCCCUUACCACCAAAACCUCAAUCAAUUAUUAUCGAAAAAUGGUUACCAUACAAACCAUCUCCACCACGAGAAGUCAUUUAUGAACGUGUAGUUGAAUCUUCUUCUUCAGCAGCAGAAUUUCAACCAACUGAUACAAUUACCAAUUGUGAAGGUCGUAAUUCAAAUUCCAUUCCUCGUUUAUCUAUUCCUGUUCAUAUUGAACAAUCAAAAUCAUAUGAUUAUUUAGACAAACAACAACAACAACCAUUAUCAGCAUUUGAUCAAUUAGCACAAGCAACACAACAACAAUUAGAAGCCAUACAACAACAAGUUGUUAAACAAAUGCAAAUACAACAACAAUGGUUAGCUAAUCAACAUCAACAACAUAUGAAUAUGUGUAUGCAAAUGCCAUUAACAUUAACAACACCAGCACUUGUUAUUAAUCAUCCACCAAUUACAAGAACAACAAAUCUUUAUACAAGUACAGACGCCUUUCAACAACAAAUCUUUUGUCAACAACCCUUUAUGUAUCCUUCGUAUAUAUAA